UGGUAAGAUUGUCUUGUUGAUAUUUUCGAUUGUGUUUUCGACCAUGUUGGAGUGCUAGUCACCAAACAGAGUUAUUCAAUAGGAUGAGUCUUCGACAAUAUGCUACACUGAAUAUCGGACUGUGCUCUUUUUCUUUCGACCAGGUUUUUAUCAUACUGGAGUUUUCAUGGCAAGGUUUUAGCGAGGCAGCAUUACGAGCAUCAAACAUAUCAAAGUUUCCUAACAGGAGUAGCGGUUGAUUUGAGUGAAGUUUCCAGAAGAAAGAAAAGCAAAGCUUAUUCACAGAGAGUCCGCCAAAUUUUGAGAAGGAAAGCAAAUCACAAAUUGAAACUGAAACCCUAGCUUAGCAAAGUGAAGAGCAAUGGAGAAAUCAUGGUCAUCGUCGGCACCGUUGAGCUCCGAUGGCUCCCGAGAGCUUCAGUGCAUCGGCAAGUUAGAAAUUGAAAGGCCGAACCCCGUCGGCUUCCUCUGCGGCUCCAUCCCUGUUCCCACCGACAAAGCCUUCCACUCUUGCGAUUCCGCUCUCAUUCCCUCCCGCCAAACAGUGAGUGCUCCGCGGUAUCGAAUGCUUCCGACGGAGACGGACCUGAAGAGCCCGCCGUCGCCGGACAAUGUUCUUCCCAUUGCUGCUGUGCACCCCAAGGCCGCCGGAGAUAUAGCUUGGGAUAGUGGUACUGUUUCAUCAAAUCUCACUAGAAAAUGUGAGGCCCUUGCGGUGUCUGGAUUGGUUGAUUAUGGGGAUGAGAUCGACGUCAUUGCUCCAGCUGACAUUCUGAAGCAGAUCUUCAAAAUGCCGUAUUCCAAGGCUCGAUUAUCAAUUGCAGUUCAGCGUGUUGGACAGACGCUUGUUCUCAAUACUGGGCCUGACAUCGAAGAGGGGGAAAAGUUAAUAAGGAGACGUAAAAAUCAAUCAAAAUGUGGAGAUCAGUCUUUAUUUUUGAAUUUUGCUAUGCAUUCUGUUCGGAUGGAAGCUUGUGAUUGCCCGCCAACUCAUCAUGUUCCAUCACAAGAGCAAUCAAAAUCCUCUGUUCUUCCUGGGGCAAAUACUCAGUUUGUGGGACAGCAUGAUGAUGUUGCUCCAGGUGGAAAAUCAAAUAGUCCAGAGUACACACAGGUUAAAAGGGAUGAUUUCUUUUUGGCAAAUAAGAAGGAUAAGAAAAAUAAGGGGCGCAAUCCUGUCAAAAAGACUUCACAAGUUGGCGAGAAGUCCAGGAGCUCAAUACAAGAGUCUGAAAAACAUAGAAGAGUUGGUAACGACGGGUUUCUAAGGGUUUUGUUUUGGCAAUUUCACAAUUUCCGCAUGCUCAUAGGGAGUGACUUGCUUCUGUUUAGUAAUGAAAAAUAUGUUGCUGUUAGCUUGCAUCUCUGGGAUGUGUCACGACAGGUUACACCAUUAACUUGGCUUGAGGCCUGGCUUGACAAUGUCAUGGCAAGUGUGCCUGAGAUGGCCAUUUGUUAUCAUGAAAACGGUGUUGUGCAGGGAUACGAGCUUUUGAAAACAGAUGAUAUAUUUCUACUAAAAGGGAUCUCUGAGGAUGGCACUCCUGCUUUUCAUCCUCAUGUGGUGCAACAAAACGGCCUUUCUGUUUUGAGGUUCCUUCAAGAAAACUGCAAGCAAGAUCCUGGAGCUUAUUGGCUGUAUAAAAAUGCUGGGGAAGAUGUCAUUCAACUCUUCGAUCUUUCUGUGAUUCCCAAGAACUGUUCUUCUGAUGAUUGUGAUGAUAGCUCAAGCUCCCUUCCUUCUCUAUUGCAUCGAGGAAGAAGUGAUUCUCUGUAUUCAUUGGGGACUCUCUUGUAUCGAAUUGCUCACAGGCUUUCACUUUCAGUGGCUCCAAAUAAUAUGGCAAGGUGUGCUAGGUUUUUCAAAAAAUGUUUGGAAUUCCUAGAUGCGCCAGAUCAUCUGGUUGUGCGGGCAUCUGCACAUGAACAAUUUGCAAGGCUUAUUUUGAACCACGAUGAAGAGCUGGAAUUAGAGCCUGAUGAUCUGCCUGUAGAAUGUGAACUUACAGUCACUGAUGCUGAAGAAGAUUCUUUGGACUUUUUAAGUAGCAAUUCUGAAUCGAUGGUACAUGAAGAACCUCAACUGGUGGGACAGGAAAAAUCAUAUGACGAUGAUCAAAAUGUUGAAGAUUUAGUAACUGAAGCUUCUGUAAAGAUGACUUUAGAAGCAAAUGCAUACUCUCCCAGAAAUUUGAUAGCAGAAGGUAGCACAGACUACGGAGAUUUGACAGAAGCUGCACCAAAUUCCUCUGGUAUUGAAAGCUCUGCAGUUUGCAAAUUGCCUGCAACAACCGGACAUGUAGUUCAAACUGUUGCUGAACCAAUCUCUUCUAAGCUAGCUGCAAUACAUCAUGUUUCUCAAGCUAUUAAAUCUCUCAGAUGGAUGCGCCAACUGCAAACUACUGAAUCAAAGUUGAUGGACCAGGAGAGUGAAACCCAUGAUAGGCCACCUUCAUCUGUUAAUCUUUCUGUUUGUGCAUGUGGUGAUGCUGACUGUAUCGAAGUUUGUGACAUUAGAGAAUGGCUUCCAACAUCAACAUUGGAUCACAAGUUGUGGAAACUUGUUCUUUUGCUUGGAGAGUCAUAUUUGGCACUUGGACAAGCUUACAAGGAGGAUGGUCAGUUGCAUCAAGCUUUGAAGGUUGUAGAAUUGGCCUGUUCUGUAUAUGGAUCAAUGCCUCAACAUCUUGAAGACACAAAAUUCAUUUCUUCCAUGAAUAGUUGUUUUCCAUCACCAACAAAAUUCAGUUAUACAAAUAAAAAGAUUACAUCAUCUAAUAGUGAUCGGGAAGAUCUGAGCUCCAGCUCCACUCAUGGUUGUCUUUCUUUCGAGCAGUUCUCAUCCAUCUACCUCUUCUGGGCCAAGGCAUGGACACUGGUUGGAGAUGUUUAUGUUGAAUUCCAUUUGGCUAAGGAUAGUAUCACCUCUCCACCAGCAGAGGGAAAAUAUUCUAUUAGAGAGUUGAAAGUUUCAUCCGAGGUUGUCAAAGAAGUUAAAAGGCUAAAGAAGAAGUUGGGGCACAAUACACAAAACUGCAGUUCAUGUUCUCUAGUAAAUUGCAGCUGCCAGAGUGAUAGGGCAAGCAGUGGUAGCAGUGCAAGUAGUAGUAGUGGCAAUAUGCGCUUGGUAAAUUCUGGCAGGAAAUACAGUAAAAGACCAUAUGCUAAGAGCAAUGCCUUCUCGCUUGCAAGAGAGACUGAAGAUGAUAAUCCUUGUUUGAAAACUGAGAGUGGCAAGGUGUCUGAUUGUGGAUAUCUACACCAAAAGAGAAACGGUGAAACCAUAGAACAAUCUUCAAAUAUGGAUAAGCUUACAGUGAAACAUGUGUCAUCUGAUAAUUCUGACAAUUUAGAGGGCACUUUAGGAGUGCAUGACAUGGGACCGAUACUGGCCUCUCAAUCUAAUGCUUCUUUGAGAGAAACAACGAAAGUGAAAAAUGGUGGGAUAUUCAAGUUCCUUGGAGGUCCUGCAGUUGGAGAUGCUGAAAACAAUCUUUCGGAAGCCUGUUGCUGUUACGAAGCUGCUACAAAGGCAUUAGGUGGUCUUCCUUCCGGUUCUGCUGAACUACAAUCUAUAAUGAAAAAGAAAGGGUGGGUAUGCAAUGAACUGGGUCGAAACAGACUUGAAAGGAAAGAACUAAAAAAAGCUGAAUUUGCUUUUGUAGAUGCUAUAAAAGCAUUCAGAGAAGUCUCUGAUCAUACCAACAUCAUAUUGAUAAACUGUAACUUGGGGCAUGGAAGACGGGCAUUGGCAGAAGAGAUGGUAUCAAAGAUUGACGGUCUCAAGGGGCAUCCGAUCUUUCAUAACGCAUACAACCAUGCAUUGGAGACCACAAAGUUAGAAUAUAGUGAAUCCCUUAAGUAUUAUGGGGCAGCAAAAGCUGAACUCAAUGCUUUUGUUGCAGAGGCUGGCUCUGAACUAAACAAUUUGAGGACUGAGGUAUAUACACAGUUUGCUCAUACGUAUCUGAGGCUCGGAAUGUUCUUGGCAAGAGAAGAUACAACUGUUGAUGUCUAUGAAACUGGAGUCGUGCAUGUCAGUUCCACUAGUCCUAGUGGCAGAAAAUCAAGAAAACAAUUUCGUAAGCAUGAGAUUUCAGCCAACGAUGCCAUUAGAGAGGCACUGUCUGUUUAUGAAUCAUUAGGUGAAUUGCGGAAACAGGAGGCUGCAUAUUCCUAUUUUCAGUUGGCUUGCUACCAAAGGGAUUGUUGUAUGAAAUUCUUAGAGCUAGAUCAUAAGAAAAACAACUUACCCAAAGGCGAAAACACAAUUCUCCAACGAGUCAAGCAGUAUGCAUCCUUGGCAGAGAGGAACAUGCAAAAGGCCAUGGAUUUCUACAGCCCAAAAACGCAUCCUACCAUGUACCUAACUAUUCUUAUAGAGAGAUCAGCUCUUUCAUUGAGCCUUUCAAGCCCCUUACACUCAAAUGCAAUGUUGGAAUCAGCUCUGUCUUGCAUGCUUGAAGGACGGUAUGUGUCAGAAACAGACUCGGACUCUUGGAAAACCGAUCACCCCGAGGUACACGCCAAGUUUUGGAAUCAGUUGCAGAUGAUUUUGAAGAAGAUGCUGGGUGUGGCACUUUCUUCACGCACAAGCAAAUCUUCUGUUUCCCAGCCAGCUUCAGUAUCCAGCAGGUGUGGGGAUACUGAAAAAUUGAGGGGGCUUUACAAACUCUCUCUCAAAUCCACAAACUUAAAUCAAUUGGAUGCUAUUCACUCCUUGUGGACAUCAUAAUCUUAAUCUGGAAGUUGUUUCUGCGCAACAAACCCUAUCGUAAUUAUACGUCGAUAACAGAUUGGAGAGAGAGAAAGCUUGGGUUCUGCACUGCAUAUCAUAAUACCAAAGCAUUGCUUCAGGAAUUGAAGGGUGAGAGUAUGAUUUGUUGAAUCUCUGAUAUUCUGUUACUUGUAUUGUAUGUAUGUGUGUAUGUAUGGAUUUAUGCAAGUAAUAUGUAUGCAAGUAUGCUUUGCUGGUUUUGAGUUAACUUACGCUCCCGUCGCAGAAUCCGGAAGAAAACUGAAAAAGUUUGUCAUUAGUGCAAAUUUCCAAUGAAAUAUUUCUCCAUUCAAUGA